GCACUGUUGUGGGCGUGGCUAAGGCUCACAGCUGAUCCAAGAUGGCGACACCAGUGCUUGUUUUGAGGAUACUCGAGUGAAGUUCAUGAUAGAACCACGUGACGAGAUGGCAGUUAGUAAUAUAAUCAUCUAGUAAUCAUCAGCUAGUAAUCUUCAUCUAUUCUGGUAGUCUGAGAGCAUGACUUGGUGAAGCCUGGCUAGGUUUUUAACUUGUUUUCAGAGACAGAACACAGGUUUCUGCAUGACUGUCAGCUUUUUCUCUUCUGCUGGGACACAACAGUCCCCCUGGAACCUUAAAGUCAAUUAGUCAAAACGAUCAAAGGGGCCGAUGUCUAGAUUGGGAGUGGUGUUUGGCGGCUCCCGUGGCAUUGGGCGAGCAGUAGCCCAGCUGUUGGCACAAAGGGGGCAUCGAGUUGUGGUGAUCUCCCGGAACCAGGAAGCAGCACAGGCUACAGCAGACACGCUUUCUGGAGUGGAACAUGUAGGUCUCGCUUGUGACAUUUCCAAAGAGCAUGAGGUGCAAAGAACGUUCGAUACCAUCACUAAGACCUGCGGCCCUGUGGGAUUCCUAGUCAAUGCAGCAGGCAUUAACAGAGAUGCGUUAUUAAUGAGGUGUAAAUCUGAGGACAUGGUUUCUGUUCUUCACACUAACCUGCUUGGCUCAAUGCUUACCUGUAGGGCCGUGUUACGGAGCAUGCUCAGUAAUGGAGGUGCUAUUGUCAACAUAGGCUCAGUGGUGGGUGUGAAGGGAAACGCUGGUCAGAGUGUGUACAGCGCCAGUAAAGCCGGCCUCGAAGGCUUCACACGCUCUCUGGCCAAAGAGGUUGCUUCUCGAAACAUUCGAGUCAACUUGGUAGCUCCAGGACUCAUUCGGACAGACAUGACAGCAGGGCUGAACGAAGAAGAGUAUGGAAAGAGGAUUCCACUGGGUCGCUUUGGUGAUCCGCAGGAAGUGGCACACGCUGUUCUGUUCCUCCUGGAGUCUCCGUACAUCACAGGGCACGUCCUAUUGGUGGAUGGAGGACUACAGCUGACCAUGUAAUUCCUGAUUCCGUUUAGUCUUGCCUGUAAGCCCCUGUUGAUGGGACUAGCAGUAUGGCAAGUCUUUCUCGUGAGGAAGCUUUUCGAAAUUACAUUCAGGACAUGAAGAACUUCAUGUAGUCACCAAGUUGGAAUUCAAAUUACUGUCUGCUCUCCAGGAGAGUCUUUGUAAAUAUGAUUGCAAUUGUCCAUAAUGUUUCAACGACCAUUUAUGUGAACCAUCUCCACUUUGUGGUUAUACAUAAAAUAGUUAAAUUACACAUGUUCAGUCAACUGUAUCACCCCAUAUGAUUUAAAUUUAUGUUUGAAAACAUUUGCUAACCGCAGUGCAUUCAGUACUAACACUGCAACAUUCAGGGAAAUCUGUGGUCAGCUUUUGGGAACAUGACCUACAGGCAUUAACAAUUGAGAGGUCUGGAAUUUCUUUCUGAAAUAUUUAAUGUGUAGUGCUUUAGGAAGAGUGAGUUAUUGGUCAUUUUAGAGCAAGGGUGUCCACUCAUAUCUGCAAAGCACAAGUGAGGCUGAAGGUUUUCAUUCCAACCAAGCAGGAGCCUGGUGUUUGGUUGAAAUGAAAAACUGUAGUCACUUAUAAGGAUAAGAUUGGAGACCCUUGACUUAGAGAGAUUGUGUAUGCUACAUGUCUCUGACUCCCUCACAAAAUAAACCUUAUCACUUUCAGUCAUAAUACAACUUCAUUCUUCACUGCAGUAUACACUGUACUGCCAAAAGAUUGUGCACACCUGACCAUCACACUCAUAUGUGCUUGUUGAACAUCCCAUUCCAGAUUUAUUCCCCCUCUGCUGUUAUAAUAAGCUCCACUCUUCUGGGAAGGCUUUCCACUAGAUUUUGGAGCGUGGCUGUGGGGAUUUGUGUUCAUUCAGCUACAAGAGCAUUAGUGAGAUCAGACACUGAUGUUGGUGAGGAGGUCUGGGGUUCAGUCGGUGUUCCAGUUCAUCCCAAAGGUGUUCAGUGGGGUUGAGGUCAGGGCUCUGUGCAGGACACUCGAGUUCUUCCACUCCAACCUUCACACACCAUGUCUUCAUGGAGCUCGCUUUGUGCACAGGGGCAUCGUCAUGCUGGAACAGGUUUCAGCCUCUUAGUUCCAGUGAAGGGAAAUUGUAAUGUUACAGCAUACAGAGACAUUCACACAUACUUUUGGUCAUAUAAUUUAGUGUAGCAUUGAAACCAUCUGAGAAACCUAUAUACACAGUUUAAUAAUUUAAUAACUCAUGUGCUAUAAUAUACUUAAAGCUGUUUGAAUAAUCAUCAAUCAUCUCUUCACUUACAUUAAUUGAAAGUCUUUCAGAGCAUUGUGAAGUCACAGAUAUAAAACACAGAGGAAUAAAAAAAACAGACUUAACACUAGAACAUAGUUUCUUGCGGUGUAAUAGGAACUCUUAUGUUUUAUCCUCCCUUCCCAUGGGAGAAAUUCUGUUCACCUCCCCAUCACAGGCACACAGAUGAGUUGGAUUAAGAGUGGGGCUGCGGUUUAUUUUUAGCUCAUUGAGUGAUUUUGGGGGUUUGGGGGUGGGUAAGUUUGUGGCUGUACACUCAUUGUGCUGAAGGAUGAGGUCAGAGGUCAGCGUGUGGAGGAUCUGAGUCGAGGAAUGAUGUCAUCUUUACUCUGCCUCCAGUCAUUGUGAUACCAUACACGCAAACACAUACCAGGUCUUAUAAGAAUGGCCUUGAAAUCAGUCUGUGCUCAUUUUUUACUUAAAUAAAACGAAACAAACUAGCCAAAUCCUCAAGGAGAGUGUAAUGAUUCAUCUGGACACACUUUAAAAUGGCUUAACUAAAGUGCUGCAAAAGAUUGUGUUCAUGAUAAGCAUCAGUGUGGAAUAUAACAACAAAAUUUUUUUAGAUCUUCAUCCUCGCUGCAUAAUCUUUACGUGUCACCUGAAACCAAAAUCAGAACAUCCUGUUAAUAUGGAAAAAUAAAAAUGUAGUAGAUUUUGGUAGCCUCAGAUUCUUGUUCUUGGCUGACAGGAGUGAAACCUGUUGUAGUCUUCUGCUGUUGUAGCUCAUCCACCUAGAGGUUUGAUGUGUUGUGCAUUCUGAGAUGCUUUUCUGCUCAUCACGGUUGUAAAGAGUGAUUAUUUGAGUUACUAUAGACUUCCCGUCAGCUUAGACCACUCUGUUCAUUCUCCUCUGAUCUCUCUCAUCUACAAGGUGUUUCAGCCUGUAGACCCUCUGCUCACAGGAUGUUUUUUGUUUUUUUGCACCAUUCUGUGUAAACUCUAGAAACUGUUGUGUGUGAAAAUCCCAGGAGAUCAGCAGGUUCUAAAAUACUCAAACCAGCCCACAGUUAAAGUCACUGAGAUCACACUUUUUUUCUCAUUCUGAUGUUUGAUGUGAACAUUAACUGAAGCUCUUGACCUGUAUCUGCAUGAUUUUAUGCAUUGUGCUGCUGCCACAUGAUUGGCUGAUUAGAGAACUGCAUGAAUGUGCAGGUGUACAGGUGUUCCUAAUAAAAUGGACGGUGAAUGUAA